GUGACCGAGCCACGCAUGACGCGUUGUGUACCACGUGCCGUGCCGUUGACCAUGGAGGAGCGGGGCGCCGGGCGCGUGCAUGUGAUGCGGGUGCUGGACAUGCACACGGGCGGAGAGCCGCUGCGUAUCAUCACCGGCGGCUUCCCGGCCGUGCCCGGGCCCGACCUGCUCAGCAAGCGGCGCUACAUCCGUGAGCGGCUGGACGGGCUGCGGCGCCGGCUGAUGCUGGAGCCCCGCGGCCACCGCGACAUGUACGGCGCGCUGCUGGUGGGCUCGGAGCUGCCCGACGCGCACCUCGCCGUCCUCUUCAUGCACAACCAGGGCUACAGCACCAUGUGCGGCCACGCCAUGAUGGCCCUCGGCCGCUACGCCGUGGACUACGGUCUGGUCGCCCAGCCCAGCUCCCCCGAGACGCAGGUCAACAUCCACUGCCCCUGUGGCCUGGUCCGGGCCUACGUCCAAUACGAGGGCGGCAAGAGCGGCCGCGUCCGCUUCCACAGCGUCCCUGCCUUCGUCUUCGCCACAGAUAUUCCAGUUGAUGUGCCAGGACAUGGGAAGAUCGUAGUGGAUGUUGUAUAUGGAGGUGCUUUUUAUGCAUUUGUGAGUGCAGAUUGUUUUAGUUUGGAUGUUUGUUCCUCCAAAACACGAGACCUUGUCGAUGCAGCAGUAGCUGUCACUAAUGCCGUGAAAGCACGGGUCAAACUGCACCACCCUGAUAGUGAAGAUCUUGCCUUUCUCUACGGCACCAUAAUUACUGAUGGCAAAGAUGAAUUUUCUAAAAAACCAACUGCAAAUGUCUGUGUUUUUGCAGAUGCUCAGGUGGACAGGAGUCCCUGUGGCUCAGGUGUAACAGCUCGUAUUGCAUUGCAAUAUCACAAAGGAUUGAUUCUCCUGAAUCAGACCAGGACAUUUCAAAGUGGUUUAACUAACUCAGUAUUCACUGGGAAAGCUGUUGAGGAAACAAAAUGUGGCGAUUUCAAAGCUGUUGUAGUGGAAAUAUCAGGACAAGCACAUUACACAGGAACAGCAAACUUUUAUGUGGAAGAUGAUGAUGAUCUCAAAGAUGGGUUCCUUCUCCGAUAAAGUAUUGUAAACAAAUUAUAAUUUGUACUUAACCCAUCUCUGUGGGUAACGUGUUUUCAGAAUACAAAUUAGAUAAAACAUGAGUGGCAAAUUAAAGGAACACUACUUGCAUUACGUAGGCCAAAUUGGUUAUAACGUGAUAUUGUUCAGGAACUAGAGAACUGCUUAAAAGUUACUUUGGAAAUUAAUAGGCAGGAAUAAUAGCUGUCUUGAAUUUAAAUGCUAUAGCGAGGAAAACACAACUGUUUACAUGUAACCCCACGAUGUAAUCAGACACCUUGUAACAAUGGUGUAAUCAGACGCCAUUACCUCAUAGGAACGCAGCUGGUACUUUAAUCGUGCAUGGUCAUUAGAUAUUGAUAACCAAUCACUUCAAAUUAUACUAGUGCACCAAUACUUUAUUAAGCAAUGCAACAUACAGUCUUAGUACUGUCUUGAGUUUAAACGCUGUAACGAGGAAAAACUCUCUUUCCAUGUAACCUCCCCACAGUAAUCAAGCAUCAUUACCUCAUAAGAACACAGAUGCUACUUUAACCGUGUGAGGUCAUUAGAAAUUAAUAACCAAUCACUUCUAUUAACCCGUGCAAUAAUACUUUGUUAAACAAUGCAACAUACGGUCUUAGUAUUUUUAGCUCGCAGUAAUAAAAAUAAUUAUUUUGUUAUUGAAAAGACCUUUAUAUUUGCAAUCCUUCAAGAAAAACUCUUUAGCCUCUAAUCCUCUUUCCCCUACUGACAAUUAGCUUUCGAACACAAUUUCCAAUAACAGGGAGUUUCUUAGGAAUGCAAUUAUUGCAUUUGUGGCAGAACUACAUGUAUUAUUUUAAAGCCCUAGAACUUAUUAAAUGUAAUUUAGCUUUCUCUCUGAAAUUUAUAUCAAGACAUUUAACUCUGAAUUUGUCAAUAUAAUUAAGUUCAUAUUAUGUAAAUGCUUAGGUCCGAUAGAUCAUGUUUAAAUAUUUACGAAUAUGGAAUCUAAAUGUUAUCCUAUAUUUCAUUCUGAGUGAAUCCUAAACUGAUAUCUCAACCCCUUUAGCUUUUAGUCUAUAUUAAAAUUAUAUUAUCUCAAUGAUACUAAUUGUAAAGACUCAAAGAAAAGUUCUAAUUACUGUAUUAACCUUUGUACACAUUACUGUUGAUAACAUUAGCUUUUAUUUUGAUUCCUUAGCUAUUUUGGUAAAAUUAUCAAUGGCAAUUCUGACUAAUCUACAUUAUCUAUGGGUAGAUUAUGCCCAAUUUAAAAACAGGCGAUGAAGAACAAAACAAAAUCACAUUGUUACAAUUCAAGCUACUUACAUUGGCUCUGCAAUAGGGCAAUGCGAUGUUUACUUGUGUAAACCAAUACAGGGAUAAUAACUGCACUGCAUAUGGCUAGUGAGAUGCAGCUCCUUGCUGGAAAUGUCAAUUAAAAAUAUAUAUGCCUGUUCAAUAUAUGUAUAUUAUUCAAAGUCUUUUUAAUAAAAUACAGCUGUAUCCAGUUA